GGGAGCCAGGAGCAGCUUGUGGUGGACCUGUCGAGCUUGUACCAUCUUAUGGUGGUGUCAGGGCCUCGCUGUGUGCCCAGGCAAGGUGAUGGACAGCAUUGGGGAGAUGGAGGUGGUGAGGAGCACCAAGGGCAGUGCUGCUGGGGAGGUCAGUGUCCACGUGGUCAGCACCGAGAGCACUGUGCAGAGCACCCACCUGCCCACCACUGCCUUCAUCAUCCCAGCAAACGCCACUGCCAUCAACCUUCCCACGAGCACCUUAGAAAUCCAGCGAUUCCCCCGGGAGCCCCAGAGAAGUACAGGGGCCGAGAGGCCAGACAGGGGAGCAGGGAAUGAGCCCAUCACAGCUGCUGUCAUUCCCCAGAUCAGCGGGGUGCAGACCUGCAGCACGGUCCGUGUGCUGGAGUGGAAAGAUGGGGUGGCAACUUUGCCUGGGAGUAACCUGCGGUUCCGGAUUAAUGAGUACGGGACGCUAAAGGUGGUGAGUGCUGAUAAGAUGCCUCCUGUGGAAGCUGUAAAGGAGGGUCACACAGAGAAAGAUGAGGACUCCGACGUGGCACCCUCCAGCAGAGACAAUCCUACUGUGGCUCAGGACGUGGCGGAGCAGCCCACGCUGCCGGCAGCAGAAGGGCUGUGCCACUGCGACACCUGCGGCCGCAGACACGUGUGGGACGGGGCCCGGGAAGGCAGGGGCUUCUGCAGCGAGCACUGCCACCAGCAGUUCAAGGAGAGGUCUGUCAUAGUGGAAAAUUCUGCCAGCAGCACCAAUGCCACUGAAAUCCUCAAGCCUGUGAAGAAACGAAAGAGGAAGGACUAUCAGAGCCCCUCGGAGGAAGAAUAUGAAUCUGAGCAAAUGGAGGAAAAGCAGGAAGAGAGGAAAAGCUCUGUGGAAGACUCUGCCAUGAGCAAUCUGGAGGCUGAGGCGUGGAAUGGGAGCCAGCACGGUGCCAGUGAGGAGAAGAAAGAAGGCUGGUCUUGGGCGUCCUACUUGGAGGAGCAGAAAGCUGUCGCUGCCCCUUUAGAUCUCUUCCAGGAUUACCAAGUAGCUUCCCAGCACAAGAAUGGCUUUAAAGUGGGGAUGAAGCUGGAGGGGAUUGACCCGCAGCACCCAUCCAUGUACUUCAUCCUGACAGUGGCUGAGGUGUGUGGUUACCGGAUGCGUCUCCACUUUGAUGGCUACUCUGAGUGCCACGACUUCUGGCUGAAUGCUGAUUCCCCUGACAUCCACCCUGCUGGCUGGUUUGAGGAGACAGGGCACAAACUCCAGCCCCCCAAAGGGGUUGUAGGUUAUAAGGAAGAAGAAUUCAGCUGGACAAACUACCUGAAAUUAACAAAGGCUCAGGCAGCUCCUAAGCACCUCUUCAUGGUCCGAAACACUCACGAGGCUUCCCCAGGCUUCAAGGUGGGCAUGAAGCUCGAGGCCGUGGACCGCAUGAACCCUUCCCUGAUCUGUGUUGCCACAGUGACUGACGUAGUGGACAAUCGCUUUCUGGUGCACUUUGACAACUGGGAUGACACUUACGACUACUGGUGUGAUCCCAGCAGUCCAUACAUCCACCCAGUUGGGUGGUGUCAUGAGCACGGCAAACCUCUCACACCUCCUCAAGAUUAUCCUGAUCCCGACAACUUCACCUGGGAAAAGUACUUGAAAGAAACUGGAGCAUCUGCUGUCCCAUCUUGGGCCUUUAAAGUGCGCCCGCCCCAUGGCUUCCUGGUCAACAUGAAGCUGGAGGCAGUGGACAGGAGGACUCCUUCCUUCAUCCGAGUGGCCAGUGUGGAGGAUGUGGAAGAUCACAGGAUAAAGGUCCAUUUUGAUGGCUGGAGCCACGUGUAUGAUUUCUGGAUUGAUGCAGAUCAUCCAGACAUCCAUCCCAUGGGCUGGUGCUCAAAAACAGGACACCCAUUGCAGCCUCCUCUCAGGCCAAAGGAACCAGCCUCCUCUGCCCAUGGGGGCUGCCCAAGCCUGGGCUGCAAGAGCAUCCCUCACUCCAAGAGCUCCAAGUACAGCUUUCACCACAGGUGA